AGGAAGAAUGGCGUUCGAAGAGUCAUUCGAAAGUGUUGACUAAUCAGUUUAAAAAAACAGUGAGAAUAUUGUUCAUCAGAAGGUAAAAUAAGAACAUGAUCGAUACGUUGCGGUGUUCUUAGGUAUUCAUAAUGUCAAGAAAACGACCGAGAAGAAGGGAAGGAUCGAUUGAUAGUCCUGCAGAGCGACUCAGAAAGGCUGUUGCUAGUGGGAAUGUAAAACUCGUGCGGGAUCUCAUCAAAGAUGGUUGCUCUGCCAACCAGAUGGAUGGCAAUGGCUGGACGCUUCUUCAUUUAGCUGCUAGUAGAGGGAAAGAACGCGCUCUAAGAGUGCUCCUCGAGAAAGGAGGCGAUGCAUUUGCGCGAGAUUUCGUCGGAGGUUUCACCGCUCUUCAUUACGCCGCCAUGCACGGACGGACAAGAAUCGCAAAACUGUUGUUAGAUUUCAAAGGAUUAGACAAAGAAAAGCUCGUCGAUGCAAGAAGUGAGGAUGGUUGGACGCCGUUACAUGUGGCUGCACACUACGGUAGAGACUCGUUUGUUGAGCUUCUUUUAGAAUCAAAAGGUUUUGUAGACGCGUUAAGCGACAAAGGCACGACAGCUCUUCAACUAGCCAUUAUUCGUGAAAGGACGAGUUCAAUUCGUGUCUUGUUAAACUGGGGAGCUAACAUUGAUGUUCAAUUUGGAUUCCCCCUUCGUUAUGCUGUUAUUAAAGGUAACGUUAAUUGUGUACGAAUGUUGGUUGAACACGGCGCUCUCACAAGUAUCAAAAGGCCUGAGGAUGGCCAAACUCCUCUCCAUUUAGCCGCAUUAAGGAACAGUGAACCUUUGGCACGCUUGCUCUAUAAGUUUGGAGCAGAUAUAAAUGUUUACAACGAUGAAGGACUUACACCUCUAUCGAUAUCAAGGAUGAUGUACAACCUAAACUCAAUCGAUAGAGACUGUUUGGAUUUUCUCAGCAGCGUGUCAAAAAAUCCAAGGAGUCUACAAGAUUCCUGCCGUUUUGUCAUUCGGGAAGCACUUGGUGCCAAACGACUUCAAGAUAUAUCUAAGCUACCAGUCUCAAUUAUAAUGAAGGACUUUCUUCUUUACAAAUAUGAAUAAUGUAAGAUGACAAGUAUGAAAGUCACAGCAAACUAACAGAGUUUGCUGGCUAUUAUUGGGCCAAAAAUUGCUCUUUUAUUCCUGGUAAUGAUAAGAAUUAGCUAAUGGUAACUUGAGAUGUUGGACCUUUGUGUAGUUUCCAUGGUUAUAAGUUUCCAAGAAGGAGGUUUUUUUUUCAGUCUGUGGCCAUUACUUAACAUAAGCAGGGCAAAUUGCAUAAGCUCAGGUACUUUAACAAUAGUGCUUUUAAUUAGUGCUUAAACAGGUACUCUAACAAUGGUACUUUAACAGAUUUUACUUAGUCAGGGCAGACACUUUUACAGCUACAGGAUGAUUUAGAUGUUUUUUAAUUAAUGUUGUAUGGGAAUAUGUUAUAGUUUUAAAAGGGAUUUCAGUUUAAAUUACUUUAAGAAAUAGUUUGAAUUGUAGUAUCCUCUGUUUCAUUAAAAACAGAGUCAAGAGAAUUACUGUUACCUAUGCUGAUGUUGUUUAUUUUUACUAAUUUUAAGUACCCCAUCCCAUGAAACUGUCAGUCCCUUAAACUGAACGACAAAGUUCUCAUUAAUGUAGACUGCUUUAAUUAAGCUUGUAAGGGUUGAUAGGGGGUUUUGCCAAUUCUAUGAAGAAGGAAAAAUCUUUUUUUUUUUAUUAAGCUAAAGAGACAUAUAGUUGGUGAUAAUAUUGCAAAUAUGCAUUUAAAACAAAUUAAUGAUAACAAGCCUUCUUUCUCUAUCCUUUCCUCCUGGGAAUAAUUUGUAUUAAUUGUUUCUCAUGCAGGUUAACUUUAAAGGUGCACUGCAUGGUAUGUUUAGGAAGUGUUGAAAUUUAUUACUUUAAUUCUAUCUUUGUCAGAAAAAAUGAAAUAUUCUGAACAGAUGGUCAAUAGUUUUAGGAAAAAAUAGCAUAUUUUACUUUUUCAUUGUUAUCUUAUUAAUUUGCAUCAUAGAGUCAGUUUCAUCACAGUCGAUUUUUGGUUCCCAUUUUGCUCUCAAUAGCAUGUUGUGCAUUUCAACAAGUCUUUUAGGUGUCAGUGUCAUGGUAACAUGCAUGUUUUUAUUGUUUGAAUUUAUCAAAUAAUAAAGUUUGAAACUUUAAA